AUGGCUUGCCCAAUCCGAACAUAUCCUCUCCUGCAACCAGCAAAUCACAAACCUCCCAUCCCUAGAUGGCAGCUGGUGUUAAACGAAGGCAUAGACCGAGUCUUCACAGUUUACAUUGGCAUCCAACCCCUCGGCAAUGCCAAGGGCGUGAUAGACAAGACAACCAGCACGAUACAACAAUGGUUAGAAGAACAGAGCCCUUCUGCACCACUGGCGUUUGAAACUUUUGGAGUUAUCGACGGAGAUGACUCUCGCGAUGCCAAAGUCUGGGUUUGCUACUGGGACAAUGACACUGCUGGGAAAGAGGGCUUACAACGACUCAACUUACCCUCCAUCUACUCGCAGUUGUCCACAGAUGACAAGUCUUCUAUUGGAUUGUGGAGUGAGAGUUUCUCUACUUUAGUCUCUCGAUUAGAGACCAAUUACUCUGGAUUAGACUAUCUACCUGGCAUAGCAAGAAUGCAAGGCACAACUACCGAACCACACAACAUGACGGCGUACUGGGGAGCUGCACGAGAUCGCAUCCCAGACUCUGCGCACGACCUAUUCGAGAAAGACGAUCUAAGCAAAAAACAGCCUGAGAUAAUCCAAAAUCCCACAGGGAAACACUUAGUCGGCACCAAUUACAAUAACAUGGUGCACAUCCGCUCCGGCCAAUACUGGGAGACAUGCGACACCGAAGAGACGGCCUCCUACGAGAACAAUCUAGAACCCACGUUAAACAAAGGCCUCCAAUAUCUCUGGGAGAAUCGCAACGUCAGCGGAGCAAUAGGACUACGCUACCUUCGCAACACAGACGGAACAGAUAAAGUGCUCAAGGAAACAUGCGGCGCAGGCUUCUUCCAUAACCUGCAGAACUUGGAAGAUUGGGCAAAGAGUCACCCUUCGCAUCUGGCGAUAUAUACUGGCGCAAUUAGACAUGCUAAGAAGUUUGGGGAGGAUCGCAAGUUUCGGACGUGGCAUGAGGUGUCGGUGCUGAAGGGGGGAGAAGCGAGUUUUGAGUAUUUGAAUUGUUUGCCUGGGACGGGUGCGAUCCCCUUUUUGGGGCUCAGGGAGGUUUCAUUGGAAGUCAAUGGUACAUAA